AUGGCUUCUCUUCCUUUGAUUGGAGGAAUCCCUGAUAUCACUCAAACCCAAGUUAACAGUGACAACAACAAGAACAGAAUAGUUUUUUCAAUUGUAGAUGCCAGCAAAACAGUUGUACAAUGUACUCUUUGGGGGCAACUUGCGGUUCAGCUAUAUGAGUAUUAUAAGAAUAAUAAGCAAGCCUCUGAUAUUGUCAUUGUGCUAAUCAAUGCAAGGGUUAAAGAGGCUCAAGGAGGAUUCCCAGUUAGUGUUUCCAACACAUGGAAUGGAAGCAAACUGUUGAUCAAUGACCUUGCCAUUGAGGAAGUCAAGAGUCUAAAAGAAAGACUUGGUGUUGAUUUGCCUUUGUUAUCAUCUUCAAGUGUACAAGUUGAGGCAACGCAAAACUCAUUUUAUUCUGACUAUGACAAAUUUGUUUGGAAGGCUGAAAUAAUGAGUCUCUCUGAAAUAGCAAAUCUGCAACAUGAAACAACCUGUGUUACCGUUGCUACACUCGAUAAGUUUGAUGCUGGGCAGAUGGGGUGGUACUAUGAUGGAUGUGUGGAAUGCACAAGGAGUGUGACUGUCAAGGAUGGAAAGCUGAAGUGUUUUAAGGAGCAUAUUAGCCCAGAACCUGUGCCACGUUAUAAGCUUGAUAUAACAGCUAUUGACGGCAGUUCGAAGGCAAAGUUCGUCUUUUGGGACACAGACUGCGUGAAGUUAAUUAGGAAGUCUGCUCUUCAAAUGAAGAUGGAUUUAACACAGUCUGCUGAUUACGAUCCACUUGAGUUCCCUUACGAACCUGACUCCAUAUUGAAAAAAGAAUUGGCAAUUAGAGCUGUUUAUCAGCCUAAAAAUGGGCGACUUUCUGUCAUUGGCUUCAAGACUGAUGAAGAUGUGCGUAAUAAAAUUAAGGAGAUUUUCAAAUUUGAAGAGACCUCAAAACUUCGAGCACCAGAACCUCUGUCCCAGGAUGACAUGAAUAGCAUUUCUGAACCUGUAUCUGCAUCUGCAGAAAAUGACAUGACCAUUGAAAAUUCAGGACUCACUCCAUGUAAGAGACUUAUCAAUGAUGCAGUGGAAGAUAAUGAUAGUGUACAACAAUCAUCCACCAAGAUGGCCAAAGAUAUUAAACAGGAGAAAUAUUUUAAAGGUGAUUUUCCAAAGUUUUCAGUUUCAGGUGUUCAAGUUACUGCAUCACAAAAUUCAUACUACUCACACUAUGAUAAAUUUGGAUUGAAAGCUGAUAUAUUUGGAGCAAAAGAGGAACCUCUGUCUGUCUCAGCCGAUUGUGAACCUUUUGUCUCAAAUACUAAUCUGACACCUUCUAAGGGAAUUUUAAGUGAUGUUGUCGAGGAUAUUGAAGUUGUCCAGCUUUCGUCGACAAAGUUAAUCAAAGAUAUCAAGAAGGAGGAAUAG